GUGUUCACGUAGCCAGUUGUUAAAAUCGGUCUCAGAGGGUGCUGAAAACCGUUUUAACAGUAACCUUCAAGCUGAAAUUUGAUAGGCAUAGGAAGAGAACGUUUUGAGAGGGGAGGGGAGGGGAGAGGAGAGAAUGGGGUCGUAUGACCGAGUGACUUGCUUAUUUUCCCCUGAAGCUGACUAAAUCCAUACAUAGGCCUUUUUGUGCGUGAUUAUCACUUCCUUCCAGACACAACUGGAGGCAGGAAAGAAACCAUUUUGUAAACGAAACGUGAAGUGAUGAGGAGCUUGCCAGCUCAAAAAAGUAUUAAUGCAGCCCAAUGCGGAAGUGACAUAAACAUAACUGGUGUCAGCUUCGACUUGACUGUGGUGACACUUGUACCUGCGUAAGGCACGAGGCUACACUCCACUACUAAGGAAGUGUUUCAUUCAGAGCUACCAUCUUCCAGAAAAGACAAUUAAACCAAAGUCUGCAGCCUUGGGUGGAUGCACUCUGCUUGACCCAGACAACCAUUUCAACUUGAGUGACUGUUAACAACAGAUUCAAAGCAAGUUGCAAUGUCAAGGGAAUUUGGAGCUGCUGACCCUGCUGUCGAGAAGCCUGUUGACGGUCCUCCCACUCCAAAAUACGUAGACGGUGGCUAUGGGUGGGUUAUAUUAGCAUCUUGCUUCGUUGUAACUGGAUUGUCGAUGUCCUUUGUGAAAACGUUUGGAAUAUUUUUUCUUGACAUCCAAGAAUACUUUGAUACCCUCGCCUUUAAGGUUUCCUGGAUCACUGCGAUCACUGUGGCUGUGUUUCAUGUGUGUUCCCCGAUAGCUAGUGCUCUUAGUCUCCUGUUGUCGCACCGAGUCAUCAUCAUCAUCGGUGGCAUACUGUCGUCGCUGGGAGUACUGCUUGGAUCCUUCGGUUUCAGUCUGUUGGCAAUGUAUCUCACAACGGGUUUCCUUAUAUUACUUGACCUGCUGAGUUUGGGUAAUGGAUUUGCUUGGGUGCCUUCAGUCAGUCUGGUCACGCAGUACUUCACAGAACGGAGGCCACUGGCCAAUGCCAUUGCCAGUUGUGGAGAAUGUGUCUUCACCUUCAUCUUCACACCAUUCUACCAGUGGCUUGUUGACCAGAUGUCGUGGCGACAAGCAAUGAUGAUCAUUGCUGGAAUCCAGCUGAAUCUCUGUGUCUGCGGAGCUCUGAUGAGACCGUAUCAGGCACAGAAGAAAUGUCAGAAUGCUACAUCACCAUCUGCUGCCACGUCUGGGAACGAUUUGUGUAGCACAAGUGCAAAACGAAAGAAGAACCUUGCACAUUUUUUUGACUUGCCUCUUCUGAAACAACCAAAGUUUAUCUGCAUGAUCUUCUUUGGGUUUUUCUCAGUUGCGGGCUUCUUCGCUCCUGCCAUCUAUUUAAUUCCUCAUGCCCAAAACAUUGGGAUCGAGGAUUUUCAAGCAGCUUUAUUGAUGGCUUACUGGUCAGCAGGUGACCUCAUUGGGCGACUAGGGUGUGGUUGGUUGGCCAACUUGCGCCUUAUGAAAUCAAUCCGCUUGACAACAAUCAUGGUUACAAUUUUGAGCAUAGCUCUCUCACUUUUCCCUGUAGCUAAGAGUUACACCCUGCUUGUCAUCUUCAGCUGUGUUUCUGGGUUCUUCUUUGGGACCAUGUUGGCCCUUAUUGUCACCUUGCUUACUGAUGUGAUGGGUGUUGACAAGCUGGACAAUGCACUCGGGCUGAUUAUGUUCUUCAGGGCAAUUGGUUGCCUUCUUGGGCCUCCACUGGCAGGGUUUCUGGUGGACAUUACAGGAGACUAUGGUAUUGGGUUCUAUGUUGCUGGAGGAGGGCUGUUCAUUGCAGCUUCCUUCCUCGUUCUAGCUGACUACUUCUUGAAUCAGGAGCAGAAGUGCAGCCAAAACACAGUGAAACAGAUGGAAAAGCUUAUUUCUGAACGCCAACCCCAGGAAGAUGUAGAGAAAGAACAGCUUGGCAACAUCCAAACAGAGAGAGAUCCAAUGAAUGAAGUGUCUGAAACAUAAACCUGUGCAAUGUUUAGACUUUCCCUUUGGAUGAAUCAUUUCAUUUGUGGAUCUUGCACACAUGGUGAUGAAAUGAAACAUUCUUUGUGUUGGCACACAUAAGGACCUAAGUUUAAGGCACUAUGACAAAUAGCAAAAGUUCAUAUCACUACCGUGUGCCACAGCUCUUCAGUGAGUGCCAAGCAGGCCACUUGAAGAAGCUAGGUAUUAUAGUUUCAUGAAAUUCACCAUUAAAAGCAAAAUAUAUUUUAGAAA